CUGAACAAACCUUAAAAUUAUGAAUUUGUCUUUUUCUUUCACAUUUUUAUUAUAUGUAUUUUCAAGGUUUAAUUUGUCACUUUGGUGCUACCCUGAAGCUUUCGUAAGUAAUGUAAUUCUGCUCAUGAAUAUGCAUUUCGCAGAUGCCACGUUGUUAGUUUGCAGAGAACAGGGAGAAGGGACGCUUGAAAAUGAAAUUAUCUUAUUUUACUUGAUGUUGACUGGGAAAUGCCGCCCAAGAAAUUGAAUAAUACACGGUAGUGAGCCUGCCUAACUAUCCAAUUUAAAGCGGCUUUCCUAGCCUCUGUUAUUUCGUAGUCUUCGACGAUCCAUCAAUUCAAUUUCUUUCAUCCGGGAAGAGGUCUGAUGGUCACCACAAGUAGUCUGCUGUCUGGAUCUGACGACUCUUUACAUCAGGGAUCAGAAGUCUUUAAGAAAUAUGUCAGCCGAGAAGGUUAAGAAUCUGCGCCUGCAGCGGAGAGGGGCAAAAGCCAAGUUGUCCAGGUUUGGAAAGGCCCUUCAGAGCUUGAUCGAUGGAGAGCGACCUGUUCCAGAAGUUCAGGAAUCGUUUGCACAGUAUGCUGGUGCUUUUGAGGAUUUACAAAAUAAGCAUGACAGUUAUUCGGAAGUGCUAGAGGAUGACGAGGAAUUUGAAAGAGAAGAGUUGUGGAUGGAAGAGUGCCACAAUUCAUUUUUGAAGCUGCAGAUCCUUGAAAGAGACUAUUGCAAAGAUAAUGAGAGCCGCAGAGAAGCACAGCAGCUCCAAGAGCAUCAUCUUAGAGCAUCGACAAGCCAUCAGAGUAUGGAAACAACUUUAUCAGCAGAUGAACAGCAAGAUCAGUCACCAAGACAGACAAAUCAGCCUCCUGAAGCAGGAAGGAGAAUGUCAGGAUCUGUUUACAGGAUGGAAAGGCCUAAACUUCCCACCUUUGAUGGCAACAUCCGUGAUUACUGCAUUUUCAAGGCAGAUUUUUUACAUGCUGUUGGCAGACAGUAUGAGGAUAGAGAUGCCCUAAUGAUUCUGAGGUCAUGUUUACAGAGCAAACCCUUGCAGUUGAUUAAAGGAAUUGGGCAUAACUACCAAGCAGCAUGGGAACAGUUGGACAUGAUAUAUGGAGAUGAGCGCUUUGUUGCCGACGCUAUAAUCAAUGACAUCUCAAAAGUCAAACCACUCAAAAGCGGAGAAGAUGAAAGAUUUUGUGAGUUUGUGCAUCUCGUUCGGAGGAGUUACAAUACCCUCAUGGAAAUCAACCAGCCAGGAAAUUUGAACAAUAGCCAUAUGCUUGCCAUAAUGGAAAAGAAGCUAAGCCCGGAAGACCGACUGGUGUGGUUUAGGCAUCAAGAGGCAAGUGGCAAGGCGAGCUUUGAAAUGUUUCUGACAUGGCUUACAGUUGAACUGAAGUCAAGGAUGAGAGCUUCGGCCCCAGUCCGAAGUGAUUCGAAGUCAAGUGGUGUACAUCUAGUCGGGAAGACAGUAGCCAGCCAGGAAAACAAAGUCCAGAGGUUAUUUCACAAAUGCUGGCUCUGUGAAACAUCAUCACAUUGGCUUGAUCAGUGUCGUAAGUUUUUAGCCAUGUCACAAUCCGAGAGACUGAAGCUACUCAAGGAUCAUCAUGCCUGUUUUAGCUGUCUAAAGAAGGCUGGUAAGGAUCACAGAAUGUCAAACUGUAAACGGAAACGUCGAUGUAGUGAAACUACUGCCGGAGAACCAUGCAAGUACUUCCACCACCCCCUCCUUCAUGCUUCAACAGAGGUCCGAGGUGGAAAUGUAGAUGUCGCCUUUGCGGGCAACUCUGAGGCACUGUUACCCGUAGUUACAGCGGAGAUCCUGGGGCAACAAGGAGCAGUCUGUAAGGGAAAUGUGCUCUUAGACUCUGGAGCUCAAGUAAGCCUCAUCAAGAUGUCUGUUGCUAAGGAGAUGAAUCUGAAGGGAAGCAACAUAAAUAUCACAAUCACUAAGGUUGGUGGAGAGCAAGAGCAGAUGGAAACCAAACAGUAUCAGCUAAAAGUGAGGUCCCUCUCUACCAAUGCCAUUCAUUCUUUAGCAGCAGUGGCAUUACCCUGUAUCAGUGAAAAUAUUGCACAAGUGAAGAUGAAUGAAGUUUCCAAGCAGUUUAAUCUGAAGUCUGAGGAUCUACGCAGAGGAAGUGGGUCAAUUCAUCUUCUCAUAGGUAUUGACUACCCAAAGAUGCAUCUUGGUGAAACGAGAGAGAAGGGACAGUUAGUAGCCCGAAAAUCCCCACUGGGCUGGGUCAUAUUUGGUGCUCCCAAAAGAAGGAAUGAUAGGAUGAAUGUGCUGCAUGUGAAGUUGACAUCCCCAAUUGACUUGACCGAUUUUUGGAGCUCAGAAUCUAUGGGGGUGCAGUCUAGUUCCUGCCAUUGUGAGCCAAGCCCUUUGAGCAAGCAGGAGAAGGUUGAGGAGCAGAUUAUCAGAGAGUCUAGUAGAAAGGUUGGAAACAAGUGGGAGAUUGCUUAUCCAUGGAGAAAAGAUCCCAACCUACUUCCUAACAAUCGAGCACAAGCAGAGAAGGUACUGUGUUCGACUGAGAAAAGACUAGCUCGAAACCCAGACCAUGCAGAUGCAUAUAGAAAACAAAUGAGGGAACUGAUAGAGAAUGGAUUUGCACGAAAGUUAACAGAGAAUGAAGUAGCUCAGUACGAGGGUCCUGUUCACUACAUUUCCCACCACGCUGUUCUCCGGCCUGAGAAGAGAAGUACCCCUGUACGCAUCGUCUUCAAUUCGUCUUCAUCAUAUCAGGGUCAUUGCUUAAAUGACUAUUGGCUAAAGGGUCCAGAUCUUCUCAAUGAUCUGCUUGGAGUGUUGCUGAGAUUCCGGAUGAAUGAAGUAGGAUUUUGUGGUGACAUUUCUAAGAUGUAUCACAGGGUCUCAAUUCCUGAGAGAGAUAUGAAUGUACAUCGGUACCUGUGGCGAGAUAUGGAGACUGAUAAAAAGCCAGAUGUUUACAUUAUGAAAGUUGUUACAUUUGGCGACAAGCCAGCACCAGCUAUGGCCCAGUUGGCACUCAGGAUGACAGCAGAAGCAGCAGAGGCUAGAUAUCCGAAAGCAGCACAGGUACUGAAGGAGAGUGUCUACAUGGACGACAUAUGUGACUCGGUGAGAGAUGUAGGCGAAGCAGAGCAGCUGACAAGUGAAAUUGAUCAAGUACUUUUGGAAGGUGGCUUUAAAGUUAAAGGCUGGACCAGCAACGAAGCUUUGAGAGGAGAAAGUAAGAAGGAAGGUAAAACAAAAAUCCUCGAAGCCGCCUUAGAAGACAAAGUGCUGGGAAUAGCAUGGGACAACCAGCAAGAUAUGUUCUUCUACAAACUGAAGGACACAGUCAGCAGUUUUCCUAAUGAUGGAAAAGAAGAAUCGAGUGUACUUACCAAAAGGAAGAUUCUGAGUAGAAUUGCACGAAUAUUUGAUCCGAUAGGAUUUGCUGCCCCCUUUCUAGUUCGUGCAAAGAUUGGAAUGCAGCAGUUGUGGCAAAGAGGAUAUGAUUGGGAUGAACUUCUGCCUCCCGAUCUACAGGAGUGGUGGGUGACAUUCAUGAAAGAGAUGCAGGACUUGAAUGAUAUCAAAUAUGAGAGAUGCCUGACUCCACCAAUGGCUGUUGGUCACCCUUCACUGUGCAUAUUUGCUGAUGCAUCUGAGGUAGCAUUUGGAGUCUGUGUGUAUUUGCAGUGGAAGCUGGAAAAUGGUAAAUAUGCUGUUAGAUUUGUAGUUGCCAAAUCUCGAGUUGCUCCCCUGAAAAAGAUGACUGUGCCUAGACUUGAACUUCAGGCGGCAGUAAUGGCUUCAAGAGUCUACACAACAGUGAUGAAAGAACUGAGUCUGAAGCCUGAAAAGAUCAUCUUCAUGACUGAUAGCAUGAUUGCCCUCUCCUGGAUUCGAAGUGAGGGUAGGAGAUUUAAGCCAUUCGUCGCAGCAAGGAUUGGAGAAAUCCAAAGUUAUACCAACCCUGCACAAUGGAAGUAUGUUCCCGGAGAGCUGAACCCAGCAGAUGACGUCUCCAGGGGCCUGCCAGUAAGGAAGCUCUCAGAAAGAUGGAAACAAGGACCUGCGUUCUUGUACAGAUCUUACGAGGAAUGGCCGUCAGAAAAGGCUAUUCCAGAAGCAGAGACUGAGAUUGAAGCAGAACGACGAAGGGUUAAUCAUAUCUCAGUCAAGAACAAUGAUGUGAUCGAUGUCAAGAGAUUCUCCAGCUGGAAAAAACUGAUCCGAGUAACGGCUUAUGUUUUAAAGUUCAUCGACAAGCUCAAAGCUGUACUUCGGGCAAAGUCUAAUGUCAAUCUUGGAGAUGGAAACUUAUCGACAACUCAGUUGCAGAAAGCUGAACGCUUUCUAAUUAAGGAAGCCCAGAGUUCCUUGUAUCAACGUGUACAGAAUGGAGAAUUCAAGACUCUCAGCCCUUUUAUAGACAACGAGGGAAUUAUCAGAGUUGGAGGGCGACUAGACAAGGCUCUGAUUUCUUAUGAGCACAAACACCCUGCUCUGCUGCCACAUGGAGCUUGGGUAUCAGUGCUGAUAACGAGACAUAUGCAUCAGCUAGGACACGGAGGCGUGGCAGCUACUGCAGCGAAGGUUCGACGUCAAUACUGGAUCCUGAAAAUUCAUAAACUGGCUAAGACUGUAAAGUAUAGGUGUGUGAUUUGCCGACGCAUGGAGCAUCAGGUUGAGUCACAAGUCAUGUCUGAUCUACCAGAUGAGAGAGUUGCCCCAUAUACACCACCGUUUCACUUCUCAUCUGUCGACUAUUUUGGACCGAUAUCAGUCAAAGUUGGAAGGAACAAGACCGCCAAGCACUAUGGGGUCCUCUUCACCUGCCUGAAUACAAGAGCGGUACAUCUUGAAGUGGCCGUUGAUUGCUCAUCCAUGGAGUUCAUGCAGGUACUACGAAGAUUCUUUGCUGUGCGGGGUCAGCCUGCAUUACUGCUAAGUGACAACGGUACACAAUUCGUAGGGGCAGAAAGACAGUUACGGGAGAUGGUGAGAGGUUGGAGCUAUGAGGAGUUAAAGGACUUCUGCGCCGAGAGAGGAACGACAUGGAAGUUCACCACUCCAUCUGCACCGCAUCACAAUGGAUGUGCUGAAGCGUUAGUUAAAAGUUGCAAGAUCGCCUUGAAGAAAGCAGUCGGGGAUCAACUGGUCACACCCUUUGAGUUGCAUACAUGUCUCCAAGAGGUCGCAAAUCUCGUCAACCAGCGCCCUAUCGGAAGAACUCCGAAUGAUCCCGAUGAUGGAGCAUAUCUGUGUCCAAACGAUCUUUUGCUUGGAAGAUCUUCGAGCGCAGUCCCUCAAGGACCCUUCAGAGAGACGAAGAACCCGAGACAUCGCUUUGAGUUUGUCCAGCGAAUCGUCGACGCGUACUGGAAGAGUUGGAUGCGUGACGUCUUUCCACUACUGGUGCCACGACGAAAAUGGAACAGUGACAGAAGGAACGUCCGAAUCGAUGACGUGGUUAUACUCUCUGACCCUAAUGCAGUUCGAGGAAAGUGGACAUUGGGUAAAGUUAUCCAAGUGUAUCCUGGGACUGAUGGGAAAGUUCGAACAGUUAAAGUACAAUCUAAAGGUACUGAUUAUAAGCGGCCGAUUUCGAAGAUUGUUGUAAUAUAUCCGGCAGAAGGGUAUGAGGAGUAGACAAUAUGGAGUUCAUAAAUUGUGUUUUGGUUUUUCAAUGCCAUUGAGGAAAGAAAGUUGCUUUUGAUACUCCUGAAUUUUAUGUCGGUGCAAAACUUGAAUAUUUUUCAUCUGGUCUGUAAACAAAAAUAAAAUAAAAUAAUAAUUACAGAAUUCAUUCAGUCAGGAGAAUUUUAGCUCUUUUCCGCUACUGUUGGCGGGGGGAGGAUGGUUUGCUGAACAAACCUUAAAAUUAUGAAUUUGUCUUUUUCUUUCACAUUUUUAUUAUAUGUAUUUUCAAGGUUUAAUUUGUCACUUUGGUGCUACCCUGAAGCUUUCGUAAGUAAUGUAAUUCUGCUCAUGAAUAUGCAUUUCGCAGAUGCCACGUUGUUAGUUUGCAGAGAACAGGGAGAAGGGACGCUUGAAAAUGAAAUUAUCUUAUUUUACUUGAUGUUGACUGGGAAAUGCCGCCCAAGAAGUAAGUUUGAUGACAGAAAUGUUAUAUUUUUUGGAGGUGCUAAAAGCUAGAGAUAUUUUUCAGUGAAUGAGCAGAAAAAGUGCAUUAAAAAUCGUAUGCAGAUACUUGAACUGUAAUGAACACGCAGUAUGUGUAAUGAACGCCAUAGAUAUGUGUAAUGUACAAUCAGUGGAUGUGAAAUGAACGCGAUUAGCUAUGCACACUUAAUUAGGAGGUUAGUUGUACUUUAUGAGAAGAGUGAAGUUGUGAAACUAAAUAAAAGCUUUUAAUGGAUUUGUUAGAUUAUUUCAAGAAAAGUAAAGUAGUAUGAGUUAAAGGAAAAUUAAGCUUAUGAAAUGAACAAAGGUGAAUUUUAGGAGUUUGAUGGGCACGAAUCGUGCGUGUAUGGGCGUGGUCUUUAAAUUGCGUGAUUUGUUUACAUUUAAUUAUAUUCAGUCAGAUAUAUUUGAGUAAACAUUUAUAAAGCACUUUAAGAAUUUGUGCGUUUGUAACCAAAAUAAUUUUGACUUGUUAAGACAAUUUUUGGUCAGAAGUUUUUCAUACGAACGAGGCUUAAUUAUGUGCAAGGUCAUGUCAGGGUCACUCGUUCCGUUUUUCGCACAUUCAAUUUUAGUGUGCAACCGCUAGCUAAAGAAAGCUUUCGGUCUAUAUUUUAGAUUUUUCUGAUAAUGUCAAAAUUGGGAUAAAUAAUAAUGAAGCACCUUGGUAAUUUAUUUCUUACCGGACUUAUUUGGAUAUAAGCUGAAGUUAGCAGACAAGUUUGCUGUCUGUUUACCUUUUAAGGUAAUUUUGUUCAGAAUAUAGAAAUUACUAAGUGGGAACGCAAAGUUGAUUUAAAGGUAUAUAUUUAAGCAGUUCACUUUGAUUUAUUGCAAAUAUGUAUGCAUGUAUUUAAGUUAGUCUUUUUCAAGACGUUAAAGAAAAUGGACAAAUUUUAAACUGGUUUUUCUAUCGAGGAAAACUCGGAUAUUUGUUUAUAUAUAUUCGUUCUAUACACCUGAUAUGAAUGAUAAUUAGAUUUAUAUUCCUUAUUGUUUAAAAGAGAUGACAAUUUUGGGAAUAUUAUGAAAACAUUUAUUUUUGUCAAAGCAUUGGACAUAUAUUUAUGAUCCACUUCGUUUUCUUAUGUUUAUACAGAUUGAAUAAUACACGGUAGUGAGCCUGCCUAACUAUCCAAUUUAAA